AUGAGCAUCAACGCAGAAACACUCUUCAACCACCUUGGCGAACGCUACGAGGCCGCGUACGGCAACAGCCCCAACCUCGACGCCACCAUCGAAGCCGUGCUCAAGCUGCUCCCGCCCCAGAGCACAGUCCUCGAUGUAGGCUGUGGAACCGGGAAACCGGUCUCUCACAUGGUCGCCGAAGCUGGCCACCGCGUCCAUGGGAUCGACAUCUCAGAGCGCAUGGUUGAAAUUGCGAGGCGCCAGGUACCCAGUGGGACCUUCGGACGCGCGGAUAUGCGCAUGUACAAUCCGCCGCACCUACGCUCACUGGACUCGCAGCCGAAGCCGGGAGCCGACUGCACCACCGUCGGCUUCGACGCUGUCUUCGCCGUUUACUCUCUGUACCAGAUAACGCCGGGCGACACACACGCCAUGGUCUUCCGGUUCGCCGAGUGGCUGAAGCGCGGGACCGGGAUGCUCGUGCUGGGUGUUACGCCGGCCGAAAGCGUUCCACCAGGAAUGGGAGUCGAAGACGCGACGUGGGGGUUUGUGCGGUGCUCGGCGAAGACGUGGAUGGCGCAAAUGACCGAUGAGGUCUUUUUGUCGAUGGACGGAUGGAGGGCGUUGCUGCGCGGCGCAGGCUUGAGCAUCGAGUCGGAGCGCUUCUUUACGUUUAGGCCCCAGGAUCCGGAGCAUAACAUGCCCGAGGACCAUUGGUUGCUGGUUGCGAGGAGGACGGACGAGCCAGCUUUGUUGGGGCCGCAUCCGUAUCCUCGUCUGGGAGAGGGGACGCGGCCUGAGUGGCGUGGCCUUGAUGUGGGUUCAUGGAGGGAGUUUAGUGGGCGGGUGAAAAGGGACGAGCUUGAAAAGAUCGUUGGCGAGCUUGUGGGUGAUACUCGACGUGCUCUGGAAGUCAGUAACGGUCAGGGUGGAUUAGCCGCCCUUCCACACAUAGCAGGCGCGACUGCAGGAUCCUCGCCAGGUGACCUCACAAAGUACCCAGAUAGUUCCUUUGAAACUGUCAUCGGCACCUGGAUUCUUGAGCACGUCUCAGGCGUAACCCGGACGGUGCAAGAGCUGAUCCGAAUCACCGAUCAAUCUGCCCCUCGCUCACGCAUAAUGCUCCUCCAAGGCGCGCCGUGGAAUGAAGUCCUCAGAUUCCAGAACGCGACCUGCACACCUCUUGCGGCAAGGAGCCAAGCGCCCAGUCAUCAAGGAUACCUGCUCGAUACUUCAAUUAAGAUCCUUUCUCGUCGCGGCUUCGAUAGGGUCACGCUGCGGCACGUUAAUGCUGCCUGUUUAUUCCCUGAGGAGGACAUGGAGGAGAGAUGCAGCAGGGCCGCGGAGACCUUAGCGGACCUUUGGUAUUUUGAUGAUGCGAACAAAGAGCAGAUGAGACAGGCACUCAUACCUCAGCUGCGGAUGCAUUUCAGGAGCAAGCCUUGUGAGAUUGGGUUCGAUAUGGUUUUGUUGGUAGCGGAACCUAGCGGUGAUCACCUGUAG